UAUAUUUCUCUUAUCUAGGAGUUGGUGACACUGAUGGCAUCUUAAAAGAUGUUUAUAUAAAUUUAGUGGAAUUAGCAGUACCUACGAUUUAUAAACGUGCAUAUGUAAUGUUGUAUUUACUUUUAAAAUAUGGCAUUAACAAUAGAUCAGUGUGAUACAUUAUUGGGAAUUUUAGAUGUUCAGAGUGUAAAAAAUUACUCAUUUGAGAGUCUUUCUAAUGAAGUCCGUAGAAAAUUUGAAAAUUCGGAAUAUUUUAAAGUAGGAACAUGUAUUAUAAUGCUUCUUCAAACUAAUUUGUUACCAGAAGUUGAACAAAGAUUAGCAGCUAUUACUAUAUUACAUGAACUAUAUAGAGGAGAAUUACUUACUAAUACACCAUUUGCUAAUGUUUUUAUACAUUUAUUAUUGUGGCCCUUCUAUGCCCUCGUAGCAAUGAAUGAAGUCAGGGAUGAAAUUAUAUUCCACGAUGUAAAGGGAAAGGCGAGUCAAGAGGAAAGCAGAAGUAUGGCUGAUGAAGCAUGCAGGAUA